AUGGCGGGCGAGGAGGAGGCGGCGGCGGCGGCGGCGGCGGCGGUGGGCCCGCUGGUGGGCGCGGUGGACCAGGGCACCAGCUCCACCCGCUUCCUGGUGUUCGACGCGCGGACGGCCGAGGUGGUGGGGCAGCACCAGGUGCCGGUGCGGCUGCAGUACCCGCGCGAGGGCUGGGUGGAGCAGGACCCCGCGGAGAUCCUGCAGUCGGUGUGCGAGUGCAUCGAGCGGACGUGCGAGGAGCUGGCGCGGCGGCGGGUGGACGUGGCGGCCGUGCGCGCGCUGGGCGUGGCCAACCAGCGCGAGACGACGGUGGUGUGGGACCGCGUGACGGGCGCGCCGCUCUACAACGCGCUGGUGUGGCUGGACCUGCGCACGCAGCCCACGGUGGAGCGCCUGCGCCGCGGCGCGCCGGCGGGCGGCGACGACUUCGUGCGCGCGCGCACGGGGCUGCCGCUCAGCACCUACUUCAGCGCCGCCAAGCUGCGCUGGCUGCUGGACAACGUGGCGGCCGUGCGCGCGGCCGUGGCGGAGCGGCGCGCGCUCUUCGGCACGGUGGACUCGUGGCUCAUCUGGAGCCUGACGGGCGGCGCGCGCGGCGGCGUGCACUGCACCGACGUGACCAACGCCAGCCGCACGCUGGUGUUCAACAUCCACUCGCUGGCGUGGGACGCGGAGCUGUGCGACUUCUUCGGCGUGCCCAUGGAGCUGCUGCCGCGCGUGCGCAGCUCCUCGGAGAUCUACGGGCUGGUGCGCGCCGGCCCGCUGCGCGGCGUGCCCAUCUCGGGCUGCCUGGGCGACCAGUCGGCCGCGCUGGUCGGGCAGCGCUGCUUCCGCGACGGCCAGGCCAAGAGCACCUACGGCACCGGCUGCUUCCUGCUGCGCAACACGGGCCGCCGCUGCGUGCGCUCGGAGCACGGCCUGCUCUCCACCGUGGCCUACCAGCUGGGCCGCGACCGGCCGGCCGUGUACGCGCUCGAGGGCUCGGUGGCCAUCGCGGGCGCCGUGGUGAGCUGGCUGCGCGACAACCUGGGCCUCAUCCGCGAGCCGGCCGACGUGGAGGCGCUGGCGCGCCAGGCCGGCGGCGCCUUCGACUGCUACUUCGUGCCGGCCUUCUCGGGGCUGUUCGCGCCCUACUGGGAGCCGAGCGCGCGCGGCAUCAUCUGCGGCCUCACGCAGUUCACCACCAAGCGCCACCUGGCCUUCGCGGCGCUCGAGGCCGUGUGCUUCCAGACGCGCGAGAUCCUCGACGCCAUGAACCGCGACUGCGGCGUGCCGCUGCGCCACCUGCAGGUGGACGGCGGCAUGACGGCCAACCGCGUGCUCAUGCAGCUGCAGGCCGACGUGCUGUGCCUGCCCGUGGUGCGGCCCUGCACGCCCGACACCACCGCGCUGGGCGCCGCCAUGGCGGCGGGCGCCGCGCAGGGCGUGGGCGUCUGGAGCCUCGACGACGCCGCCGCCGACGCGGGGGACGCCGCCGGGGACCCCGACGCCGCCGGGGACCCCGACGCCGCCGCCGCCGCCGCCCCGCCCACCGAGCGCUUCGAGCCCCAGAUCCGGGCCGAGGAGAGCGAGAGCCGCUACGCCACCUGGAAGAAGGCCGUGGCGCGCUCCAUGGGCUGGGUCACCGCGCGCCCGCCCGAGCAGGGCGACCCCAGCGUCUUCUGCAGCCUGCCGCUGGGCUUCUUCAUCGUCACCAGCAUGGUCAUGCUCAUCGGGGCGCGCUACAUGGCCGGCAUAAAUAGGGUGUCCUCAGAAGCAGGGAGUGAAGGAGAAGAGGCUCUCAGCAACCUGAUUACCCCCGACAGUCAUCACUACCGGACCAGGCGGCCAUCCCAGGUUCUGAGCCCACCUGAGGACGCACCCAGAGCCCGCCUACUGUGUGCCGCCCAGAGCCCGCCUACUGUGUGCCGCCCAGAGUCCACCUACUGUGUGCCGCCCAGAGUCCAGAGUCUACCUACUGUGUGCCGCCCAGAGUCUGCCUACUGUGUGCUGCCCAGAGUCCGCCUACUGUGCCCCGCCCAGAGUCCACCUACUGUGUGCCGCCCAGAGUCCGCCUACUGUGUGCCGCCCAGAGUCCACCUACUGUGUGCCGCCCAGAGUCCGCUUACUGUGUGCCUCCCAGAGCCCGCCUACUGUGUGCCGCCCAGAGCCCGCCUACUGUGUGCCGCCCAGAGCCCGCCUACUGUGUGCCGCCCAGAGUCCACCUACUGUGUGCCGCCCAGAGUCCGCUUACUGUGUGCCUCCCAGAGCCCGCCUACUGUGUGCCGCCCAGAGCCCGCCUACUGUGUGCCGCCCAGAGCCCGCCUACUGUGUGCCGCCCAGAGCCCGCCUACUGUGUGCCGCCCAGAGCCCGCCUACUGUGUGCCGCCCAGAGUCCACCUACUGUGUGCCGCCCAGAGUCCGCCUACUGUGUGCCGCCCAGAGCCCGCCUACUGUAGUCUGUGUGGCGCCAUCUUGACGCUGAAGCCACUACCAGAGCGCACCCUGCACCGGGCGGGCAGCCGCGAGGGUCCUGUGCUCCCAUCCUGA